AUGAUUCAUGAGCAGAAAUUUAUUAAAGUCCAACAGGUCAUUGGUCAUGCUCUAUCUCUUAUUCGAUCUUAUAUUGAUCUGAAACAGUUGCCCAUGAGGAAAGCUCGAGAGUACUUUGAUUGGAAGCCUCCUCCAUCGGGUUGGCUGAAACUAAAUGUGGAUGGUGCUGUUUUUGGUGAUCUUCAUAAGGCAGGGGUGGGUGUGGUGCUAAGAGAAUAUGUUGACAUGGUGAUUAUGGCAGCAAGCAAGGUUGAAUUUGAAGUGAUUAAUGCUGAAGCUAUUGAAUCUUUUUCUAUUUUUCGCGCCUUACAGCUGUGUGCUACUAUGGGGAUUCAUAGUUUGAUUGUGGUAUCAGAUUGCUUGAUGGCUAUACAAGUGCUCAACUAUGAUAUUCCUUCUGAUGCAAUGUUGGAUCUAUUAUUGUGUGAAAUUCGAAAGUUGUUAAGAGUGUUUGGAGAGUGCAAGUUUCAACAUGUCUAUACGAAAGGUAAUCGGAUUGCUCAUAUUCUGGCCCAGUAUGCUUGGAACGUUGAGAAUAUCUCAACGUGGAAUGAUUGUUAUCCAAACUUUAUUUCUCAGGCUAUUUGGCUUGAUAAAUUUCUGUAA